AUGUUGGUAUACUUAGCUAUCGUGAGACUCCUCCCAGGUGUGAGCGGUGCACUAAUUCGAACCGCGAACGAGGUACAACACAUCUAUCAUAAAGAUAGGCAAGUCAGACAAGUAUGCUUUGACAGAGUGGACCCGCGUACUGGCGUAUCGGAUUGUCCCAGUAAGGCAGCGCUCUGCAACAAUCUAAUAUAUCAGCAAGUAAUGUGGGAGCAAUGUCCUUUGACAUGUGGACGAUGUCCUGGCAUUUUACCAAAUUCUGGUGGACUUAGCACAAUUGUCUCAGGCACCACAUGUUUCGAUCGAGUGGACCCACGUACUGGCGUCUCGGAUUGUCCCAAUAAGGCAGCCCUCUGCAACAAUCUAAUAUACCAGCGAGUAAUGUGGGAGCAAUGUCCUUUGACAUGUGGACGAUGUCCUGGCAUUUUACCAAAUUCUGGUGGAGUCAACACAAUUGUCUCAGGCACCACAUGUUUUGAUCGAGUGGACCCACGCACUGGUGUCUCGGAUUGUCCUAAGGAUUUACAUUACCCAUACUAUGAUCUUAUGCAAGUCAAUACAAAGAGGGAUGAAAUGAAGGGAAAAGAAACGAGAAAAGGCUCUUCUGGCAACAUUCUUCGCAUAAACGUCCAGAAAAGAGGUAAGGGGAAGAGGAAACAGUGCCUGCUGGCCUGGGGUUGGCUAUCUUAA